CCGUUGAGGGGAAGGACGGGCACGAGAAAAUGGCGAAUCGUCAGUUUAGGCGUGCGAACAAUUUUAUGAGGACUCUUCAAUAGGCUCAGACGUGUCUCCCUUCCAGUGUUACGCACUACUUAUUUCGAACUAACAGCGUCAUGCUAGCCGGAGCUAACUUGUAAAAAAAACCAACUUAAUUCUCGGUCGCUACGACAGCUAGCUGGAGUUAGCUAACUGAGGUUGGCAGCUGUAGGUGGCGUCACUGCGGCCACAGACAAUGAGCAACACGUACGGCCAAAGGUGGUAGUCCCAUGACAUCCGGGUUGAAUACGUUUGGUGGAGUCCGACUUGUGCCCAUGGCUUGUGAGUGAGUCGAGGGCUCCGGAGCCACACGCUGCACGGGACGCAAUGGCUUUACACAACUUGGUUUUUGUUAUCGAUGUGGACUAUGGAGGUCGCGAUCCGGGCGAUCAGCUGGACGUCGGGAACCGCUCCGUGAACCGAGGGAUACUGCACAUUCUGCUGCAUUUCGGUUACAAAUACGGAUUCGACAAGGUGCGCUGGGGUUACAAAUUCUUCCAGUGCAAGACCGGGCGCAACGCCCGCCUCCUGUCAAGAGGGUCCGACUUCAAGGAGCUCCGGCACAAGACCUUUGAGGACUUCGAAGCGGAGUUCGAAGGCAAGUUCGACGCGAAGGACAACCCGUGCCCCUCUCGGCGGCAGCAGCAGGUCUGUCGGUCCGCCUCGGUUCAGGACGCGCUCAAAGAAACCCUGCUGGACUUCCAGUGGGACAGGCCGGACAUCACCUCUCCCACCAAACCGUCCCCGAGGCACCGGAGGUCGAGGCGGGCCGGCGGGCCGAGCGCCCCGCAGGAGGACGACGGUUCCGGCGACGGGAGGAACGUGGUGUUCGUCGUGUCGCAGUGUCCGCGGUCCGGGACGCAACUUGGGGACUAUCUCAAGCGCGAGCCGCCCGCGGAGGCGCCGGAGCUCAUCAUACCCAGGGGCCUGCACGACAUGCUGGCCCAGCGGCGCGUCGCGCUGCACUGGAUUGACACCGCCUCGACCGUGCAGGUGUUGAGGUGUGAGGACCACCUUGGCUCUGACAGGGUGUCUGAGGUCCUGGCUCCGCUGGGUGGCCGAGUGAUCCCCCUGGUCGCGCUGCUGAACCUCCGCUGCGUCCAGCAGACGGACUCGACCUUCAGGCCAGAGACCUUCACAUUCAGGUCCGGCCUCGGAUACCUGUUGUCCUCUGAAAGCCUCUACCGCCUGGCUUUUCCGUCCCUUGGGGGUAUUCUGCGCUGGGAGCAAGAUGAUGUGGCACAGAGCUGUGACGUCACGUUUGAGCCAGUGUCUCGCAGACAGAGGCUCCUCCCGGAGUUGGUGGAGGUGUGUAUGAAAAGAGUGCUGCGGGGCUGGGACGCCUCAUCACUGACCAGACAGUCCACAGAGUCAUGGGUGCUUCAGUGCAGAAGUGACCAGGGAACUGCUGCUGCUGCCUUCCAACAUCUUCUUUCAGAACUGUCUGCCCACACUCUGCACAUGCUUGCCGAUGUGAACGACAGCAGCCUGGUGUGUUCAGCCGUCCUCUCCCCCAUGUCACACUCUACGGCUCUCCUCACCAUUCUCCAGCCUGGAGUCACUCAAGCCAACACUGUCCUGACUGCCGAGAACAUCGCCCCCGCCACAGCUGAUACAUCUGCUGACCUGCCAGAUGUUGUGAGCAGUGUUCUCGGAGUAGUGUAUGACAUCAUGGAGGAGGAUGGUGACGGUGUCGAUGAUGAGCUAAAGGAUCAACCAGUUCCUGAGUGGGCCCAGCAAGAAGUCGGCCAUUUCCCACUGACUACAGGCAUGUUGGAGACUUGGUUCCCUCAAUCAGACCAUUCAGGAGUGAGCUCUCAUUUAAUGGAGUCGAUGAGAUUGCUGCAUGCGGUGCCAGAGCAGAGGGAAGAGGAGGAGAUGUCUGCCCUACAGCAGGAGCUGAUCAGUGGUCUGGCUGAACUGUACCAGACGUCCAAAGGCACAGACAACAAGAGGGGCAAAAAACGUGGUGCCCAGCGCACACCGGUGAAACAGAAGAUGAAGACCAUGAGCCGCUCUCUGCAGAUGCUGAAUGUGGCCCGGCUGAAUGUGAAAGCCCAGAAGGACCAGGCUGAGGCCGAGCAGCUGGGGGGAGAGAGCCGGGGGCUGGACAGGCCGGGGAAGAGACGGUCGGGUGACAGGAACAAAUCAGGAGGAGCAAACACAAUUAGUUUCACUAGUGAGGAAGACCUCCUGUCUCAUCUGAAGUCCAGCUACGAGAAGACUCUGGCAUUGAGGGACUCAUCCAUCCUCACUGUUGUCCAGCAGCUCCUGUCUGCUGUGAAAACCUUUCUCGGGGCAGAAUCACAGGUGAAGACCUCCGUGUUUGUCCAGCAGCACCUCAUCAAGACCAGCAAAUCAAUCCGUCAGCUCUACGGCACGACUGCUGAUGUUGACAGCAAAGUCAGAGAGUGCCAGUUACAGGCGGUGCUGAGGCUGGAGUUGUGCAGACUUUUCUCCACAGAGCAGUCUGACGCAGUGGAUCCCGAACAGAUGGCAGAGGAGGUGGCUGAAAUGCUCCGGAUAAUCUCUCUGACGAAAGACCCAGGUUGCCUUACACGGUUCCUUCAAGACGAGGUUCUUCCAAGGUUCCUGACCGCUGUCCCGAGGGUACUGGCAGACAUCUACAACAGUCUGGGCACGCAGCUCCCCGAGGCUUUGGUGGCUGUUCUGCCUGCUGACUUCUUCAGCGACGAGUCGGUUGCCAAGGACACCGUUUCCCCUUCAAACUCAUCGCCCCUCUCCACACACAGCCUGCUUUCGGAUGGCAAUGAUUGCCUGCAGGACCUGCGGAAUCGCUCAGCGAGCAAAAGGAGGAGUGGGAUGCUGACUCGUCAUCGCAGUAUGACUGAAUCAUCUCAGGGUCUUCGCCAAAUAGAGAUACCCAAAAAGACUACAAGAGCUUCCAAGUCAAAACUGUGCAUUGCCUCAGAAAAGCCGGUCGCACAACCACAACCUCAGAAACAAGAAACGCAAGAGGUGACCAAGGUGAGAAGAAACCUGUUCAACCAAGAGAUGGUUUCCCCCUCAAAGAAGGGGAAGAUGCCAAGGAGCCAGUCUGUUUCCGCCGUGGAAGGACUGAAACGCAAGCGAUCAAAUGAUGAUGAGAGACACAAAAUUCUAACAAAGAAGGUGUGUGAGACGCCUGCCCACAAGCAAGUGUCCAGUCGCCUUCUGUACCGGCAGAAAAUUGGAAGGAGAUCUGUCCCAACUGAGGAGUGCAUUGUGGAGGAGUCGCCAGUAAAACCUGCAGAAGACCUAAGGAGGAGUCCCAGGAUUAAGAAGUUGGCUCGAAGAUACUCCAGCACCUUCUAUUCGAGUAGUUCUAGUUCUCAACCUCGCUCGCGCAACUUGGACAGGGCUCUCUCUGCGUCCCAGCAGAGUGUCAGCGAGGUUAAUGUAAAAACAGUUCGGUCUCCCAUGCGACUUCUUUUUGGGGCUACCGAUUCCCCCACUCGUCUAUCCAGUCAGUCUGGAGCAGCCAGAGUCACCAGAUCACGGCUGUCCACAGACUCCAGUGUCUUUGAGAGCCCAAAUAAAACACCAACAAGGUCACCCAGCGGACUUGGCAUUGCCAUUCUUGGGAACACUACUCCCAAGACACCCAGGAACCUUCGGACCCGAGGAACUCCCAAUACUCCACCUUCCUCCAGGAUCGGUGUUUUCUCUGGCGCAGAGAGCCCAGCAGCUGGAAGCACUCGUGAGCUUAGUAUGGCACUGAUGGGCAGUCCUUUUAGAUCUCCGGCCAGAAGGACUCUCGUUUUAGAGACGCCUACUAAGCAAAGCCCGGUAAAGAGCCCGCUGAAGGGUAUUCUUCGGACUCCGGUCAAGUCCUUGGUUGAAUGCGGUUCACAUAUGCUCAGCAGCCCGAUUUCCAAGACCCCCAAGAAGAGCGUCACAUGGUCUCCAUCGCCACGGAAAUUUAGUGCGGUCGAGAACGGCACCGCUUUCAAAGUACCAGAGUCACCUCGCAUUUCAUCCCGAAGACUGUUGAAAAUGCCUCACAAUUUCAGUAGUCCCGUCAAAAACACAUAUACUAAAAGAGACAUUUUCAAGACCCCGGAAAAGACUUGCCAAGUAAGUCUAGUUAGAAUGUCUGAAAAUGAGAGUAGUGUUAUUUUAACAAGGUCAUCUGAAAAACUUCACAACUGGAUGAAAACCCCUGAAAAAACUUACACUGUUUGUGCACCGGAAAUACCUCCCCCACAAUCCAUAACCCCUCCAGACAACCACCUCUCCCCUACACCCAACACCAGAGCUCAGGCCAAGACCCCUAGUCCUAGUCAUCAAAUGAUGACGCGAUCUGGACGAACUCCAGGCAAAAGUCCACACAUUGUGUCCCCGUGUAAAGCCGCAUUUACACCAGGAAGAGGCCGUACUGUUUCAGAAGGACCAGAUACUUUGGUUAAGUCUCCAGCAAAGUCCCUGACUAGUCGAAGGUCCGGUCAAGGUGCAAGUACCACCAGACACUGCUUAAGAUUCCAGUCUUGUGAGGAUGUUUCCUCCAAACUAAACACAGAAUCUGCUGAAACCUAUGACUCUUUGGAAAAGGACGUGCAGCAGUAUACAAAAGGAGAGGUUGGGGCCGAACCUUCCCAAUCCUCUGAAACGGACUCGAGUACACACACGGAGUCACAGCAGUUUGAUUCUUCACAUUUCAACUCUGCUACCACAGAUGAUGACAGUAUGGACAUUGUCGGUGCAGAGGUUGUAAAGACCCAGUUUAGUGGUGGUCUCAAGAUGAACAUUAGCUUCUCACGAAAGACUUCAAAGUCAGGUGAAGACUUUCUGUCGAACGCUGAACUGCGUGUGCCGCACCAAGGUACGCCCGGGCGUAACUAUGGCUUCCGGCAGACCCCCGACCGCCAACAGAGGGAGGCUGCUGCGCGUUUGGGCUACGGAAAUGAUUCCCCUAGAUUUUCAACCCCCAGAGGCCCCGCAAGACCGUGUCGACAGAGGGCCACAGGCACUCCAAACCCUUUGACAUACCAAGUAGAGAUGGAAAUGCAAACAUCAGGACUCCCUAAGCUCAAAUUCAAACGAACCGACUCCAUGAACAAAGGCGAUUCAGGUACUCAAAGCCCUUUAGUUGGUGUGAAGUCUUCUCAACUGGACAGCCCCUUGGCUUUGUUCUCUAAACACAGAGAUCCUGGAUGUGUCUCACCAUCUGUGUGUACUCACGUCACCCCAGCCAAAAGCACGCCUGGAAAAGGUGGAAGUGUCCAAACUUACAUCUGCCAAUCCUACACCCCGACACGCCACGCUGGGGGAACAAUGUCUCCAGCGGCAAUCGCAGAGAUUAUCCCCCUGACCCCUUCACCUCAGAGUGUGGGGAAGGUGACUCCAGACAAUCUCAACAGUUGGCCUCGCAGGAAGAGAGCUCAGGUCGGAGUGGUCGCAGGCAAAGAUCGAGGCGUUGUGAAGGGGGAGCCGCUGCUGGAGGAGCUGCUGGAGGAAGCUGAGCUCGGAGUUAGCCGAUUACAGGACGUUGAAGACACCGAUGAGCCCUCAGGCAACAGAGUUGCACCAUUAGCUUUGAUUUCCAGACAGCCAUCUCCAGUCGCUGCAGGUGCUUCUACUCUGGAGGACUUCUACUGGCUGGAGAGGCUGGCUCAGCAGGCUGACUGCACCGGACCUCAGGGGGGUGACGAAGAAACGAUCUGGGCUGAUGCAAACGGAGGCGUCAAGUCAAUAGCGACUCCUCCCAGCUCAAAGAUGACCAAGCCAGUGACAGCAAGUGGGAUUUUAGCGCUCACUCACUCCCCGUUGCUGUUUAAAGGGAAAACGGGCUCUGCCAGUAAGAGGACGCCAAAUUUUAAAGACGAGGCUGCAUCGGGGAGGAGGGCAGAAGGGGACGGGGUGAACGUCUCGCCCCUCAGUCAGCCGGUCAGACGCUCAAACACAGGGAGGACCCACAGCAGGAAGAGACUGCUCCACUGAACCGUAAAGCUGUGAGGCAAGCAAAGCAGAGAGAUUGUCCGUCCAGUGUUUUCACUGUGAACUCUGAGCCUCAGCAUCAUUUUGUUAAACGGUGCUUUUGAUGGCAGAUCUGAGACAUAUCUGUGAAGAUGAAUGAAUGUCCCCCUCAGUCUCCUCCACCAACACUUGACCCCGACAUUUUCUGUUCUCCGCAUUUACUUUUGUUUUAAUCAGGACUUUUAGAAUUUAAGAUUAGAAGACGUUUUAACAGACUUGUAAAGCUGCGAUUCUGUUUACCCUAACUGUUUCAUAUUACUUUGUCAUUUCAACCAUUUCACAUUUCCCGUGUGAGCUUUCCUCAAGCUAAAUCCUCAGAAAAUGGUGAUAUGAAAUGUUGUCGUUGUUUUUCAAAAAUCUAAUCAGACAUUUUACAAUCAAGCUCGAGCCUAGACUUGUUGAAAGAAAUUUUUAUUUGUGUUUAUUUAUUAGUUUGUCUGUUGUUGUCCUAAAAUUGCCUUUGAGUAAAAGGUGGAUUGCCUUUAUGAUCGAUUCAUGUUGCAAACAUUAUCUGUUGCCAAAGUCUUAUGUAAAUAAAAUAUACAUUUUUCUUAAUGAA